AUGGCUUCGCACAAGCCGAGCGUCUCGGUCACCCUCCCUCGCGACUUCAAGUUUUCCCACGACGACAUUGAGACACCACAAACACCAGCAAGACCUUCCACCGCGGUGGACUCCUUCGAUCUCGAAGCGCCUGCGCUUCCCAAGCAGACGUUCAAACUGCGACGUCGUCCACGCGACCAGCAAACUGGCGCAAUGGACGAAGCCCCCAUCCUGCCUAGUAUCGAGAUGACCGAAGCAAAUGAGCCGGCUCACCACACUUCCACCUACUUCAUGUCGACUCCGGGAUAUCUCGCGCCACGUGCUGGACACCUACGCCUCUCGUCACCACCAAAGACACCUGCAUCGCAGGUAACAUCCUACAACAUCGAAACAACAGAUGCCACUGAAUGGUCCAUGUUCCACCCUAUUCACCUCACCGACAUCAUUCAACGACCUUCUUCGGCCCUCUCGACAUUCUCCGACUCUUCCGCGACAUCUCACGGAAGCAGCUUCGACUCCAAAUCUUCCUUCGAUGCUGGCAGCUGCACAAGUCCUGAAAGCGACAUUGGUGAUCCAUUCGCCUUCUUCGAACGCAAGUCUGGAGCACCUGGAUCAACCACUCCCUCCAGUGGAUUCCCCAAUGCCAAGCGCGUCAAGACGAUGCGCCAUCCUCACUUCAGUCCCGAGAUGGACAACCAUCUCUGGUUCACCUACAUGAGCUACGUCCAGGAUCCGAGGGUCACUCCGUUUAAGAUGCUACCUGGCACCUCACCACCUCUGGGCGUUUGUCACCGUGUUGCACGAGAGGCAAAGGCAACUUGGAGAUCAAACCGCUUGUCAUGUGCUCCUCAUGGCAUUCCACGCAUCUCUAUUCAGUGUGCAGACUCGUCCGACCCCGUCAGUCCAUCUGAUGCCAUGGACCAGUCCACUCCGACUGCCGCGUACUCGCACAAUCCGGUCGCACUCAAGUGGCCGCGCUCGGAGGGUGCCACGCGUCGUCGUCUGCGUGACUUGUGCAAGCGCAAGCCUUCUCUCUCCGCUCACUACAUGAGACUUUUGCGCACUCGCAGCCCCUCCCCCUUCGAGUCUUCCAGCAGCGUCAGUGCUAGUAGCAGUCCGAACCAGCCGCUUGCUCCUGUUGCUCAGCCCCCUACUCCUCAGCCUUCGUCGUUCUCCAGUCGCGAUCUAAAUGUGUCGCUGGCCGAGGCCACCGCUCCUUCGAUGCAGCCAGAUGGUCCGCUUGCUCAACUUCACAAGCGUACUCCCCAGGCCCCGAUGGCUCCUCAGCAGCGUCGUGGCUCGGACUGGUAUGCUCGCAUCGGGCGUUCUGGGGCUCGUGCUGCUCAUCAGAAGAGUCAGUCCUUGCAGCUUGGUUUGGGCUUGGGCUCCUCAUCUGGCAUGCAGUCAAACCCCUUCGAGCGUGGUAGCAUACUCGCCUCACCAUUCGAUGACAGCGAACCAUCGCGUCAGAACUUCUUGGAGAACAUGAGCAAGACGCAAUCUCUUGGACGUGCCUUCUUGAAUAAUAACAACAACAACCGCCUGACAGAUGCUGGCCCCUCGUUGCGUUCUCCAUUCCCACUCGACGGCCCCAUGCCGAGUGUCAAGUCCUUGAAGCGCAGAUUUGGUGUUGACGAUCAAUCUGCUUCUCAGCAGCCAUCGUUGGAAGAUGUCUUCACCGCUCCUCCUGCAUCAUCCAACCAUCCUAUGCGUAAUCGUGGCUUCAGCUUGAGUGCCGUUAACGGUAUGGCUCAAAAUGAUAACAACGGAUUCCCUGAACUAUUCGCGCCUUCAUCGUCAACUGCCGAUCACAGGAUGGGUGAAGCUUCGGACAGGCUUAACCCACCAAAGCUUGCUCAGCCUCCCAGGCUUGGCUCUCCAUUCUCGGGUGGUGUCUCGAACAAUCGUUUCAACACCUUCCCACGCCGCUUCACACCACGCGAAGCGGGACUGGCCGAACAACCCUUCGAGGAGCGCAAAAUGUCAACAGGAUCUCAACCCGACUCAUGA